AUGAACAUCAUCCUAGCCGCCCCCCUCAACAACCAAGCCAUCCAGCUCGAGCGAGCCGGCAACUAUGUCGGCGCAGAAGCCAAGUACCUCGAGGCCCUCGAAAUUAAGCUCGCUGGCCCCGUCGAGCACUUGGUCUCUGUAGCUAUUACCAGAAACGGAUUAGGGGAGCUGUAUAUCAAGAUGGGCAAGCUGGACGAAGCGCAAGAGCAGUUGGAGAAGGCUGUUUUUGAACGAGAAAUAGAGUGUGAGAACUUCGACACGGCUUGCACGCGAGACAGUCUCGGUCGACUUUUUGAGACGAAGGGGGAUUUCGAAAAGGCGAUUCAUUGGCGUACAAAGGGCGCUCCUAACUAUAUGUUCUGCUCGCAUUUUGAUGUGAAUAUUUCUAUUUCGAUUUCUCGUAUCGUGUACUAG